AUGAGUCUAUUUUUUAUGGAAUUCUUUGAUCAUCUUGAAUCACUGUUACUAUGCAAGGAGGCCUUAAUGAUCUGUGGGGAUUUUAACAUUCAUGUUGACUCCAUUGAAGACCUUGAAGCAAUGAAAUUUUGUGAUUUAUUUGAGUCAGUUGGUUUGAAACAGCAUGUCCAAGAAGCCACACAUGUACAGGGCCAUGUCUUGGAUUUAAUUAUAAUGCGUGUUUCUGACUAUAUUAUUAUUAGUCAACCCAAGGUGGAUCGGUAUAUCUCAGGUCAUGCAUCUGUUGUCUGUAGUCUAGCCACAGCUAAACCUAUCCCAGGAAAACGUAAAGUUAGGUAUCUGAAAAUAAAAUCUGUUAAUCGUAAUGCCCUGAAACAGGACUUAGUGGCCUCUGGUUUGUGUACAACUUCAUAUGGCAGUUCAGACAAUAAGAUGCCUGAAGAAAUUGAUGCUCUUGUGAAUGAGUAUAAUUCUAUUCUGACUCGACUGACUGAAGAUCAUGCUCCAUUGAAAACUAAGAUAAUCAAAGCAAGAACAUCUGCUCCUUGGUACAGCGCCGAAAUUGACCUUGCAAAUGGACAACGUCGGAAGGCAGAGAGGAAAUGGCGAAAAAGUAAGUCGCUGACCGACUUUAACCUGUUUAAGACCAAAAAAAAUUAUGUGACACACUUAAUAAAUAAAGCACAAAGAGAAUAUUAUACUGAUUUUAUUAACCAAAACGGUGACAGUAAAUCUAAACUCUUUCGUGCAGUGAGAAGUCUCUUCAAUGCGAAUGGUGAGAUUUGUUUUCCCAAUUCAUCAGACAACACUUCGCUUUCAAAUGAUAUUUGUUCAUUUUUUGUCAGCAAGGUUGUGAGAAUCAGAGCUGAAAUUGACGCCAUGCUUCUUAAAUUACAGUUAAAUAAUACAGUACCUGAUGAUUUAAAGUUUACAUCACAGGGAGGUAAUGCCUUGACUUGCUUUCGGGAGCUUAGUCAGGAAGAAGUGAAAACAUUAGUUAUGAAAUCAUCUAAGAAGUACUGUUCUCUUGAUCCAAUGCCAAUGCCAUUGGUGAUGGAUUGCCUGGAUACAUUAUUACCGGAAGUUACGUAUCUUAUCAAUUCUUCUUUGGUUAAUGGUUACUUCCCUAAAAAUUGGAAAGAGGGAUUGUGGAAUCCAAUUUUUAAGAGAGCAGGACUUGGUGCUGUAUUUAAUAACUUACGCCCGAUUAGUUAUUUACAGUUUAUCUCGAAACUAACGGAGCAAGCUGUAUAUGAGCAGAUAUAUGAUCACUUGGUCUUGAAUGGUUUAUUUCUAGAAUUACAGUCGCCCUACUUAACAUGGACCGCCAACAUGUGA